CGUCAAGUUUCCAAAAGUUUCGAGCUGAUAAAAUGGUGAACCCAAUCCUCUAAUAUAUCCAUGGAUUACUUCUUAACAUUCUCAACAGAUUGGAGAUAUAAGGAAUCAAAAGUCAUAUUAUAUUUUCCUUGAUUCUAGUGUAUCAAUUUUCUUUUUCUCAUAUAGAUGUUUUCUUUUUCUUUUUUCUUUUUUUUUUUGUAUUUUCUAAUUGGCCAUGUUGACUACUCAUCACUAGCUCCAUACUAUAUUCGUUUGAUCCAUGUUUACUGUGCCUCAGAGGAGCAAAACUAUGGUGAUUACUCAAAAGUUCAAUCCACUGGACCAUGGUUGUUUUUCUUUCUCCGACCUUGUUCGGGACAAGGAAAUAGAAAUCAAAGAAUUGUCUAUGCACACAUUUUAUUACAUAAAAUGGCGAUUUCUUUCUAUCAUGUCUGUCUUCUCUUAUCGUACCAGACACUGCAUCAGUAAUGUCUCCCUAAUUCCUCGAAAUAAUUGCUAGAGUCGAUCGUCCGGAUAUAUUAGUUCACACAUGAACUACAGUCAGUGACAUAUAAUGUUGUGCUGUCAUAAGUAAUCCUUUAGCUCGACCUAGUGAUGGGACGGGACGUCUUUUACCGAUCAGUCUUCAAUCUCUCUCUCUCUCUCUCUCUCUCUCUAUCUAUAUAUAUAUAUAUAUAUCUUGUUCCAUUACUGAAUCUCAAAGAGUUGCUGGUGAAUGCAAAAUGAACAAUUAUGAGCAGGGGAUGGAUGGGGAAGAGGUUCCUGGUGCUAAGGAAUUGCCAUACCAACCCAUGAAGAACCAAAGACAAGGGGGAUUCAGAGCCACCUACUUCAUCUUUGCGAUGAUGUUCUUGGACAACAUUGGAUUUGUGGCCAACAUGGCGAGCAUGGUGCUGUACUUCAUGUAUGUCAUGAAGUUUGAUCUGUCGGGGUCUGCCACCACCACAACAAACUACCUUGGCGCCACUUUCAUUCUCACGCUCGUCGGAGGCUUCAUCUCCGACUCCUACAUGACUCGCCUCAACACCGCCCUUGUUUUUGGUGCCAUCGAACUUAUGGGCUACAUGCUGCUGAUAGUUCAAUCUCACUACCAAAAGCUCCAGCCCAAGCCAUGUGCUGAGACUGAAUCAACCUGUGUCCACGGCUCAAAAGCGCUCCUAUUCUACACGUCAAUCUGUUUGGUGGCCCUUGGAGGGGGCGGGAUCAGGGGUUCGAUCCCAGCACUUGGUGCUGACCAGUUCGACCAAAAGGACCCAAAGGAGAGGAAGAGCCUCGCCAGCUUCUUCAACUGGUUCCUUCUCAGCAUCACAAUCGGUGCCACCCUCGGGGUCACCUUUGUUGUCUAUGUAAGCACGAAGGUCCGGUGGGACAUUGGCUUCAGCAUCUCUAUGUGCUGUGCCUUCUUAGGGCUCGUGUUCGUGGCAUUGGGAAAGCCGUUCUAUCGGGUUCGGAUACCAGGGGAUAGUCCUUUGCUAAGAGUGCUAGAGGUUCUGGUGGUUUCAGUGAAGAACUGGAGGAAAGAGCUGCCCUCGAACUCGGAUGAAUUACACGAGAUCAGGGACAGAAAAGCCAUCCGAAAGGGAGAGCUCAUCCCACACAGCGUGCAAUUUAGGUUCCUAGACAAAGCAGCGAUCGUGCCAAAAGGAACGGACCCGCAAAGAUGGAAGGUCUGCACGGUGACCCAAGUAGAGGAAGUCAAGAUCUUAGCACGAAUGAUGCCGAUCCUCCUGAGCACGAUCCUGAUGAACACAUGCCUAGCUCAGCUGCAGACGUUCUCCGUCCAGCAAGGAACCUUAAUGGACGUGAACUUGGGGGGCUUCCAGGUCCCGCCAGCCUCGAUACCCGUCAUCCCACUUGUCUUCAUGUCCCUCCUCAUCCCCGUGUACGAAUUCAUGUUCGUCCCCCUCAUCAGGAGGAUCACAGGCCACCCCAAUGGCAUCACCCACCUCCAGCGCGUCGGUGUCGGGCUUGUCCUCUCUGCCAUCUCAAUGGGCAUCGCAGGGCUUGUGGAAGUGAAGAGGAAGCACGAGCUCCUCCAUCACAACCACAAGAUCAGCCUGUUCUGGCUCUCCUUCCACUAUGCCAUCUUCGGGAUAGCGGACAUGUUCACGCUCGUGGGGCUAAUGGAGUUCUUCUACAGCGAAGCUCCAGUGGGGAUGAGGUCCCUGUCGACCUCCUUCUCAUGGAUGUCCCUCUCGAUCGGGUACUUCCUCAGCUCGGCCUUCGUAGGGCUGAUCAACAAGGUAAGCCGGCACCUGGGCAAAGCCCCGAAGGGGUGGCUCCAGGGAAGGGACAUGAACACAAACCACGUGGAGCGGUUCUACUGGUUCCUGGCGAUCCUGAGCGUGGUGAACUUCGUGAACUACUUGUUCUGGGCUAACUGGUACAAGUACAAGAACGAUGAUGUUGCCGGCGAUGACGAGAUGCUGCUGAGGUAUGGCGGCCGGCCCAAUAACGGGAUCGACUCGUUCUCUACUAGCUUGAGCUUCGUGUCGAGGCCUCAGGGGGAGUUCUCUUCUGUGGUGCAAGAGAAAGGGCAAGAGGGUGAAAGAUUAGAGCCUAAAGUAGAGUCUAAGUAAGAGCUGAAAUGGGACAUUGUAAUAUAUGAAUAAGAGGCAGUUUUCAAUUAUGGAAGAGCAAGCAAAUAUAUGCUUUGAUGCAAUAUAUUUGUCCUCAAAAGAUUUAGGCAAAGGCAAGGAUAUGACAUGAAAAGAAUUUUGUAAAAUUGAGGGUUUGGAUGUCAUCCAUCUGGCUGAUUCAACCUGUGAUCGUCAUUUAUUUUA